AUGAAGAUCGAUCGAAAUCUUCUCAUUAAUAUUCAAUCAUUAUUACCGAUUCAAAUAUUUAUUGGUUAUUGUUUUGUUAUUAGUGGAUUAUUUGUAAAUUUUGUUCAACUUCUUACAUGGAUCUUUAUUCGACCAUUUAAUAAAAAAUUAUAUCGUCAAUUAAAUUAUCAUUUAGCAACAUUAAUAUGGAGUCAAUUAACUUUUCUUUAUUCAUGGUGGUCAAAUUCAGAUUUAAAAAUUUAUGCUGAUUCAAAAGAUAUUGACUAUCUCCGACAGGAAUAUGCAAUAUGUCUUCCUAAUCAUCGAUAUGAAAUUGAUUGGCUUGUUGCAUUAGUAUUUGCUCAAAAGCGUGGUUUAUUAGGAGGUACAAAAAUCGUUGGAAAACAUUCCCUUAGUUUAAUACCAGUUCUUGGUUGGUCAUGGUUUUUUACUGAAUCAAUUUUUUUACGUCGUAUAUGGGAAAAUGAUAAGAAAAUAUUAGAAAAUGAUAUUCAAAAAUUGCUCGAUAAUUAUCCAGAUAAUUAUUAUUUUAAUAUAACUAUGACUUGUGAAGGUACUAGAUAUACAGAAACAAAACGAUUAGAAAGUAUGAAAUAUGCACGUGAGAAAAAUUUACCUGAAUUAAAAUAUCAUAUAUUACCACGAACGAAAGGUUUAAUAAUGAUUAUGCAAGGUGCAAAAGGAAAAAUACCUGCUGUUUAUAAUUUUAUGCUUGGUUUUUCAAAGGAUAGUGCUGCACCUAAACUUCGUACCUUAUUGAAUGGACAUUCAUGUAAAGCUCAUAUGUAUUUGAAACGAAUUCCUAUGUCAGAAAUUCCAUAUCAAGAUGAUGAAAAAUGUGCAGAAUGGAUUCAUAAAUUAUUUCAAGAAAAAGAUCGUAUUUAUGAACAUUUUAUUCAACAUGAUACUUUUGAUGGUCUUGGUAUAUCUCAAAUAUCUAUUCCUCAGAACUAUUCUGAUCUUUUCAUUCAAUUCUUUUGGAUUGUAACAAUUGUUAUUCCUUCUCUAAUUUGGUUAUUCUAUUUUAUUUUCAAUAGUACAUUAUUUGGUAAAAUAAUCUUUGCAAUAAUUAUUCUUAUUGUUUAUGUGAUUUUACAAUGGAUGAUUAGUACAUCUGUGAUCAAGACUGAUACAAAAAUUAAGAAAAAUAAAUAA